ACAUUUUUGAUUUUACUGUAGCUAUCAACUAUCAGUAAUCGGCGUAAAAUAAAUGAAUUUUGGAUUUUUGUUUCCGUUCCUCAGCUUAUAGAGGUUUAACUAGAUUUAUUUUUAUGUUGUAAAAUAUUCAUUUUUAAAGUCCUGAAGCUUAUGUUUUUUAACACUGUUCCGGCAUCUAUUUUAAGUCUUCAUUACUGAAGCGGGAAGCCAAAUCAUGUCUGACAAUGAUGAUGAUUACAUGUGUGAGGAGGAAGAGGACUACGGGCUGGAAUAUUCCGAAGAUAGCAAUUCGGAACCAGAUGUAGAUCUUGAAAAUCAAUAUUAUAAUAGCAAGGCAUUAAAGGAAGAUGAACCUGCUGCAGCACUCCUCAGUUUUCAGAAGGUGCUAGAGCUUGAGGGAGGUGAAAAGGGCGAAUGGGGUUUUAAAGCUCUUAAACAAAUGAUCAAAAUUAAUUUCAAAUUGGGUAAUUUUGCAGAAAUGAUGUCAAGAUACAAACAACUUCUCACAUACAUAAAGAGUGCAGUUACCAGAAAUCAUUCAGAAAAGUCUAUUAAUUCUAUUUUAGACUAUAUUUCAACAUCAAGAAAUAUGGAGUUGCUUCAAGAUUUCUAUGAGACAACAUUAGAGGCGUUGAAAGAUGCAAAAAAUGAUAGGCUGUGGUUUAAAACAAAUACAAAAUUAGGCAAACUGUACUUUGAUCGUGGAGAUUUCAAUAAACUAGCAAAAAUAUUGAAACAGUUACAUCAAAGUUGUCAGACAGAUGAUGGUGAAGAUGAUCUGAAGAAAGGAACACAGCUUUUAGAGAUAUAUGCAUUAGAGAUACAAAUGUAUACAGCUCAGAAGAACAAUAAGAAAUUGAAGGCGCUCUAUGAGCAAUCUCUGCAUAUAAAGUCAGCAAUACCACAUCCAUUAAUUAUGGGUGUUAUCAGAGAGUGUGGGGGCAAAAUGCACUUACGAGAAGGAGAAUUUGAAAAAGCGCACACGGAUUUUUUUGAGGCUUUCAAAAAUUAUGAUGAAUCUGGAAGUCCACGGAGAACUACAUGCCUUAAAUAUCUUGUAUUGGCUAAUAUGCUAAUGAAAUCAGGCAUCAAUCCGUUCGACUCACAAGAAGCAAAACCGUACAAAAAUGAUCCAGAAAUCCUAGCAAUGACAAAUUUAGUGAUGGCCUACCAGAAUAAUGAUAUCAACGAAUUUGAAUCAAUACUCAAACACAAUAGAAAUAAUAUAAUGGAUGAUCCAUUCAUCAGGGAACACAUAGAAGACCUGUUGAGAAACAUCAGGACACAAGUUCUUAUUAAACUGAUAGGUCCGUACACCAGGAUACACAUACCGUUUAUAUCGAAGGAGCUAAAUAUUGACGAGAAAGAAGUGGAAAACUUACUUGUUACAUGUAUACUAGACAACACAAUAAGUGGUCGCAUCGACCAGGUCAACUCUGUGCUGGAACUGGGAGGCGGGGCCCGGGGUGCCGCACGGUAUUCCGCCCUCGACAAGUGGACUUCACAGCUGUCCGCACUACACCUGGCGUUGGCGAACAAGAUGGCGUGAAAGAUACUUGCAACAUAUAGAGAACUAAUUUGAUUUGUAGGCCGAACUGGUCAAUCCGAUAUGAUACACAUAUGAUAAUGUAGGUAGUUAACAAAUUGGACUUGUGAAAGUUUAUUUUUUAAAACAUGACACUUUUGACGUGCUGGUGCGUUAUGAAGGGUGGUUCAACCGUACAAAUAAAAUUGUAAUAAAAAUCCAGAAAUAUUGCUCAAAUCGAUAAUAUGAAUAUUUAUAGCAUUCACAGUUUGAUUCACGCGAAUUCAGUUCUUAAUUCCAAUCCACAAUUAACAGUGCAAAGCAGUUAUUUCGGUGUUCUAUGGGGGCAAAUAAAUUACCCUCGCAGUUAUGUUUUCAGAGCUAAUUUGUAGACAACAGUCACGUUUAAAAAUUUUGAUGUAAUGAAGUGUGGGUAUAAUGUAACAUACGAUAAGCCUCUGUAGGGGCCGACAAAUUUUACUUUUAUAUAUUUAAAGCACAAGAAUCUACAACUCUAAUAUAAAUGACGAAUCAUUCAUUUCGUAUUAUCAUGCAGCACGAAUAUCGUAUUUUAUUACAAUUUUUACACAUACAGGUAGAACUACAUAACGAUAAUCAUAAAAAAAUCUUUAAAUUAGAGUCAAAAACAAAAUCACGUGACGUGGGCGCUACUCACCUAAGAGGUCUGAACCGGUACGCCGCGGCUUGUAAGUACAUGUAUUGACAUGGCAGGCAUUGGCCUACGCUACCGCGUGGCUACUAUAUUAUAAUAACGGUUAUGUAGCUCUACCCGUGGAGUCCCACUGUACUGUAUCUAGAUAUAUAUAAAAAUGAAUUGCUGUUCAUUAGUCUCGCUAAAACUCGAGUACGGCUGGACCGAUUUGGCCAAUUUAGGUCUUCAAUUAUUUGUGGAAUUCCAGGGAAGGUUUAAAAGGUGAAUAAAUAGGAAAAUGCUGCAAAAUUAAAUAAAACAACAAAUUUGUUUUUCCUUUGAUGUGUCCAUACAUAAUUUUUAUGAGAGAAUUUAUUGACGCACGAUUUGACAGUUCUGCUGUGAAACAAUUUCAUUACGACAGCAGGGUGCAUAUUUUACGAAGUAAUUUUUGAUGUUAUGAUAUAUUAUUGACAAAUUCAUAUAAAAACAUUAUUUUAUUUAUUAUAUACAGAACAACGUCUGUCGGGUCAGCUAGUAAAUAAUAAUAAUAAUAACUUUUAUUUCUCACCAACAACCAAAAUUACAAUAUAGCGAAAACUUAAAAAUACAGGGGAUACAUAAGUUUUGGUUGUGGAUCGCUGGUGCCUGUGGUAGGUAAUAAAAUACCUGUAUUACUGGUCACCAGAAUUCCACUUUUACACAGUGAAAAAUACCACUUAACGGGCUGUUCUAUAUGUUUGACAGCAAAUUUUUUAUCGCCACUCGCGAGCGUCCAGAGAACAAAUUUUGACGUAUGGCUGCGAAGGAUCGUACAAUACUGUGAAUUAUUAUUUUUACAUUUUGAACCCAUUUCGUUUUUCGUGUUAUUUAUACUUCAAAAAUGAACGUAAUAAAGUACACAUAUUGUUUUUUGUAAAUAGUUUCCCACCAUCUAUCGAUUUUUGCUGAGGUUGUCAUCACUAGUUUUAGUACCGCAGACUCUCGCUACAUGGCCAACAGCGCCAAAAUGGCGAAUAUCAAACAGGCCCAAAAGCACAGUGGUAUAUAGUAGAGGUCAGUGGUUCCCACGCUAUAGACGGCAAUAGUGUGUGAGCGAGAUGUAAAUUCGAUGUGUCGUUAUUUAUAACUUUACAGAGCAACAAUGAUAAUCAUAAUAUCACAUUGUCACACGUGUUUUUAUAAUAUGCGAGAAUGACAGUUGUGCGAAAUAUAAGGUGACCAGCCCAGCGAAACUCUCAAAGAAAAAAGCGAUUCACUCGAUUGUAUGAAACGUGCAGUGCUGGAUUGGCAGAUAACGGCUAUAAUCCUAUAAAAAACGAAGAUAGCUGAAAUUCACUUUGAUUUAAGCAACUGUUCGCUUUCAAACUUAGCCGAAUUAUACUUCGUCGCCAAUCGCCAUACUGUAAUAACAACUAUUUCAAACUUAUGUCAAAUCACUGCAUGUUUCAUACUAAACUAAAUUUCAAUUUUUGCUUAGGCAGUACCGCCUCUUAUUACGUAGUAUUUACAUCCUCUUUGAAGGUGACAUCAAGCUGGGAGUCUCGUGUUAUUAUAAGUGUGACAUUUCGCAAUAAAUCAUUUGUUUUAAAAUUCAUUGUAGAUUAAUAUAUUUAUAAAGUUGGCAAUGACGUUCUAUACACAUAUAAGUACAUAUUCUCUGUCUGAUACCGGAACGGAAAAGUGUUCUCCUUACGGCCAUUCCCAAUAUUCAGUCUAUAUCCGGUUGUGGCCUACUUAAGAUAAAAAUCGUAACUAUCGUUGACUUUUCUGUCCCAAUAAAUUUAUCGACGGUAACUCACCUUAUCCGUACACGCUGUCUGUCAAUGGGAUGACGUAUAGCUUACCAGGGAUAGAAGUUUGUAUGGAAAUUGUAACAGUGAUAAGAAUGACUUAUCGGGUAUAUUGUGUGUAAACUGUCACUGUCCGAAUCGGGUUCUAAAUUCAACAUACUUUUUUGUUUCAGAUAUUAUAAGAAAAAAAAACUUUGUGUAAUCUUAAUGCCGAUCAUUACUGUUAAACUUAGGAGACACAAACUCAAAGCUUGGUAUUCUACUUUAACGUGAUACUGGCAAAUAUGUAGUGUGUCUCAAUAGAAGCCAUAGUUGGAAAAAUAGAAUAGAUCAUAUGUUUCUUACACAGAAUUAAUGUUAUGUACAUCGCUGCUUAUUGAUCAGGAAUAUUUUAAAUAACUGGAGUGAAUGCAGCAAUGUAUAAAUAUAGCAGUUGAAUCUUAUUAUGGUGUAAAUUGUGCCAUGUUCCAUAUUUCGGCUUUGUUUUUAUACGACUUGAUUCGUCUAUAUAUAUAUACAUCUAUAGAACGUCAUUGGUAGAAGGUAUAACGUAUUAUGUUCAUUACUUUUGUUUUUGACCAAGGCUAGUCUAAAAAUAUAUUGUAACAUUGAAAAUAUAAGUUAGCCACUUCGGGGACUACUAAUGAUGAAUAAAAAAGUUUUGUUUUAAAUAAUUUUAUUUGUGAGACGAAGAAUUUAGCACGAAACCAUCCCACAAUAAUUGAAACUCCUUUAUCGUAAGCGAUUAUGUUAUUGUUAAUGAAUAUUUAUUUAAAAUAUCCAAUUAUUGUAUUUCUUCAGAAAGUGCCUAACUGAAAUCUGGAAACCAGGCGUUAUUUUGAGGAAAUUCUUUGACACUAUUGAAAUAUUUACUGAGUAACCCACGAAUAAACUUUACUCAUCUAAAAACAUGUACGACUACAACAAACACAUGCUUCGUCUUCACCUAACAUUGAACCAUUAUCUCACAGUCCACGAAGGGCAUUACUAAAGGUAAGCGUUUAACCGCGAAGAUGUAUUCCAUCAAAAUAAAAAACUGGCGUAACGAGCAGACUGAUGUGAUAACGAAUUACAAAAUGACGUAUAUCGUACGUUUAACGACCCCGAUCACAACACACUGCGCCCGUCACCCUGAAACUUAGAGAUGGAAUGUCUCGCGUGCCUGUUUAGACCGGCUAGUUCGCUUAAUGUUGCAAAGUUGAACUAACAUUAUAUUGUCUGUUUCAAUAGAUUUCUGCACAGCAACACUUGGUAAAAUCCAAUAUUAUCGCUGGUUACGUUGAAAUCUAAUAUUUAUUUGGGUCUGUUAACCAUUGUAUGUAUCGGAAUGACCAUUGUACAUUGCCCUACUGUUUCUUUUUAUUGUAAUUCAUAUUGCGCCGAUAUAAGGCUGUCGCACACUUAUCGAAACGGUCAAUUGGACAAGUUAUUUGAGAAGUUACCUUAAAUUAGUAAAUAAUCUUCAGUUUUUUAUAUUAAACAGUUUGCAAGUAUUUUGUGAAGCAAAUGUAUUAUUAUAUUAGAUUCUCGUUUAAUAUUUAGUGGUCACGUAAUGAGUUUAACUAUGGCUUGAUAGUCCUUUAGAUAACAUUCCGAUGAAAUACCAUUCGAUUGCAUACCUAUGAUGGUAUGCAUCAUAAGUGUGCGCCAACCUUAAAAUUGUAUAGUUGCUAGUAUUGCAAAAACGAAAAAACUGAAUAUACAUUUUAAAUAUGUUUACCUAA